AUGGCGACCUCGGGUGAAGGCAGCCACCCCAGUGGCAGAGCGAUGCCCCAGCCCCUGGCACAGGUGCAGCAGCUCGAGCUUCGGGUGGCCCGCAGACGCCUGUCCCAGGCUCGCCACCGAGCCACCCUGAAAAGGCUCUUCAAUAACCUCAAGAAAAUUGUUUACCACCAGUCUGACAUCACAGCCUCAAAGUGGCAGGUUUUGAAUAGGGCGAAGAAUCAUAUUCAGGAACAGGAGAAAAUCUUGGAUCACCUGCUGAAGGUGAAAGAAUCCUUCAACCUGGAGGAUGGGAAUGCAAACAGCCUAGAGGAGGUCAAAGAAAUAUAUGCCAGCAUGUUCUCCAGAAAUCACAGAUUCGGUCCCCAGCUGGGGACGAAACCGUGGUACCUCAACUUUUACAAGCAGACGAUGGACCUUCUGACCAGGAGCGGGGUCGUCUCCUCGCAGGAGGUGACACUCCCUGUCGUCUCUGCGGCCAUCUCCCACCUGUGGCAGAACCUCUCCGAGGAGAAGAAGGCCAGCCUCCUGGAGGCCUUGGCGCAGAAGCACAGCGGCCUCCUGGGCCUGGAAGGGGCCACCCAGGAGCCGGCCUGUGCCGAGGGCAGCGUGAAGGACAGCGGAGUCGACAGCCAAGGGGCAAGCUGCUCACUCAUGUCCACCCCGGAGGAGUUCCUUUUUGAAGAUGCCUUCGAUGUGGCCUGUUUCCUGGACAAAAAUGAAGAUCCAAGUACUUCGAGCUCCAGUUCCAUGUUUGCCAGUUGCAACCCAGAAAACCCAGAAGAGAAGUUUCAGCUCUAUACGCAGAUCAUCGACUUCUUUAAUGGCCUUUGCUGUGUCAGCGCUCAGCUGAAACAGGAGCCAGACCCUCCCAUGGACGAUGAGAUGUUGAUGUUGCAAUGCAUGGAGACCUUCGACGAUGAAGAUCUGUAA